CUCAGAGGUGCGUAGGAUUAGAAUCUUUGUACACCCUCCAAGCAGCAAAGUUGAUAGCACUUUAAUAUUUGUAGAUACUCGGGCAUACUCAUUGAUCAAUCAGGGGAGUGCGUAUUUUAUACUCCCAUUAUCUUAUGAUGCGCCUUCACAAACUUUGCAAUCGUUUCUCUCUCAUCUCGCCUAUCUCUCAAUCUUCUUCUUCGUCAAGACUUCUUCCAUCACUUUGUUCAUCUUUUCUUUCUCUAAAUCCUCACCACCACCACCACCACCACUCUUCACCGCCUGGGUUUCUCAGAACUAGAUUGAAAAACCCAAGGAAAUCUCUCGACACUCAUAUGACUAUGUCUACUUUUCAUAAUCCUGUGAAUUCUGAAGAUGGUGGUCUUGGAAGUGGCUCGAAUGGUACUGCUUCUUAUUCCCCAGUUGAUUACGAAGAUAGUUCUGCAUUGGAUGGUGGGUAUCGUCUUCCUCCAUCGGAAAUCAGAGAUAUCGUCGAUGCACCUCCCCUUCCUGCAUUGUCAUUCUCACCUCAAAGGGAUAAAAUAUUAUUCCUUAAGCGUAGAGCCUUGCCUCCGUUGACAGAAUUAGCAAGACCAGAGGAAAAGCUAGGUGGUCUUCGCAUUGAUGCAAAAUGCAAUACUCGGAGUCGUAUGUCAUUCUACACUGGUAUUGGAAUUCAUCAAUUAAUGCACGAUGGUACUUUAGGGCCAGAAAAGGAAAUACACGGCUUCCCUGAUGGUGCUAAGAUUAAUUUUGUUAGCUGGUCAUAUGAUGGUCGCCAUUUGUCCUUCAGUAUUCGAUUCGACGAGGAUCAGAGCGAUAACAAUAAGCUUAGCGUUUGGGUUGCAGAUGUAGAAACAGGAAGAGCUAGACCUUUAUUUCAAUCCCCAGAUAUAUAUCUUAAUGCAGUUUUUGACAAUUACGUUUGGGUCAACGACUCUACUUUAUUAGUCUGCACCAUUCCUUUAUCUCGUGGAGACCCACCAAAGAAACCAAUUGUUCCAUCUGGCCCAAAAAUUCAGACGAAUGAACAAAAAAAUAUUGUUCAAGUAAGAACAUUCCAGGAUCUGCUGAAGGACGAGUAUGAUGAGGAUUUAUUUGACUACUAUGCCACAUCACAGUUGUUAUUGGUUUCAUUAGAUGGGACAGUGAAGCCCUUUGGUCCACCAGCUGUAUAUACAUCGCUGGACCCCUCACCAGACGAGAAGUACAUUUUGAUUAACUCAAUUCACCGACCUUACUCCUUUAUCGUUCCUUGCGGAAGAUUUCCUAAGAAAGUUGAUUUAUGGACAACUGAUGGGAAGUUUGUUAGAGAGCUUUGUGAUUUGCCGCUUGCAGAGGAUAUACCCAUUGCAUUCAAUAGUGUUCGGAAAGGGAUGCGUUCGAUCAAUUGGAGAGCAGAUAAGCCUUCACAACUAUAUUGGGUGGAGACACAAGAUGGAGGUGAUGCAAAAGUGGAAGUUUCUCCAAGGGAUAUAGUGUAUACGCAGGCUGCUGAUACACUAGAGGGUGGACAGCCAGAGAUUUUACACAAGCUUGAUCUUCGCUAUGGAGGCAUCUCUUGGUGUGACGAUUCCCUAGCUCUAGUUUAUGAAUCUUGGUAUAAAACACGCCGAACGAGAACGUGGGUUAUAUCUCCAGGAUCUAAAGAUGUGAGCCCGCGCAUACUAUUUGAUAGGUCAUCAGAAGAUGUUUACUCUGAUCCCGGCUCUCCAAUGCUGCGCAGAACUCCUGUUGGGACAUAUGUUAUUGCGAAAAUAAAGAAGGAUGGAGAGACUUUCCUUUUACUCAAUGGAAGUGGUGCAACACCAGAAGGAAACAUUCCCUUCCUCGAUUUAUUUGACAUAAAUACUGGUACUAAAGAGCGAAUUUGGGAGAGCAACAAAGAAAAGUAUUACGAGUCAGUUGUUGCUUUAAUGUCAGAUCAGGUUGAAGGAGAUUUGUUCCUCGAUCAACUGAAAGUAUUGACUUCCAAAGAAUCAAAAACAGAAAACACCCAAUACUAUUUACAGAGUUGGCCAGAAAAGAAAGUUUGCCAGAUUACAAACUUUCCUCACCCAUACCCUCAGUUGGCCUCUUUACAGAAAGAGAUGAUCAGGUAUCAGAGAAAAGAUGGAGUCCAACUUACUGCUACACUUUAUCUACCUCCAGGUUAUGAUCCCACAAAAGAUGGCCCACUUCCAUGUUUGUUCUGGUCUUACCCUGGAGAGUUCAAGAGCAAAGAUGCUGCUGGACAAGUCCGUGGUUCUCCUAAUGAGUUUGCAGGCAUAGGUUCAACGUCGGCCCUUCUUUGGCUAGCUAGAAGGUUUGCUAUUUUAUCUGGUCCAACAAUACCAAUCAUCGGUGAAGGUGAUGCGCAGGCAAAUGACACUUACAUAGAGCAGCUGGUUGCAAGUGCUGAGGCUGCAGUUGAAGAAGUUAUACGCCGAGGGGUUGCGCAUCCAAAUAAAAUUGCUAUAGGGGGUCACUCUUAUGGAGCAUUUAUGACUGCUAAUCUUUUAGCACAUGCCCCUCAUCUCUUCUGUUGUGGAGUUGCUCGUUCUGGAGCUUACAACAGAACACUUACCCCAUUUGGUUUUCAGAAUGAAGACAGAACACUCUGGGAAGCCACUGGUACAUAUGUUGAGAUGAGCCCUUUCAUGUCAGCUAAUAAAAUCAAGAAACCAAUAUUACUUAUCCAUGGGGAAGAAGAUAACAACUCAGGAACACUAACGAUGCAGUCUGAUCGGUUCUUCAAUGCACUCAAAGGCCAUGGGGCUCUCAGUCGCUUGGUGGUUUUACCCUUUGAGAGCCAUGGUUACGCUGCACGAGAGAGUAUCAUGCAUGUUCUCUGGGAAACGGAUCGCUGGCUACACAAAUAUUGUGUAAAUAACUCUGAUGUGGUCGCGGAUAGGGGCAAAGAUGAUACCAAAGAAACCGUUAAAGAAGGCGAAAGUAAAGUUGUUUCUGCCAGUGGAGGAGGUACUCCAGAGGAGGAUUUUCAUUCACAGAGAAGGUCUUUAUUGUGAUCGAAGUAGUGAACCCCGUGACCCUACACUGUUUGGCAUGGAUAAAAGCUGGAGCUGCUUGUUCAAGAAGUGACUGCAGACCGACCCAAUGUAUGAUUUGAAAAAAAUAAAACACAGUGGGUAAUUUGGAAUCCAAGAUCCCUGAUUAAAAUUUUUGCAUUAAUUAAGGUGCAAUGCGGUAUCAUUGUUCUUUCGUGCAAUGCAUCGGAUUCCUUGUUGUAUUUUAGACUUAGAAUUGUAUCAUGUCGUCUCGCCAACCCCUCUCUAGCUUGUGGGGGAUUUAUAAUGUGAUAUAUAAUUGCUGCAGAAGGAAAGUUAUUCUUUGAACUUUGAACAUAUGGUGCAGAAUAAGAACCAGAAUAAUACCAAUACCAUGUAUUCUGAAGA